AUGAACAUUCUAGACUCCCCUCAUCAACGUUUACUCGGCACGCAUUGGCUUCAAGACAAUCCCUCAAACGUUCUGGAGACAUGCGGGAGAAGCCCGAUGUUCAAGCCCAAGGGAUGCAAGUCUGCUUUUCACUUCGAGAAUCUCACUCUAAUUUUCUACCUCUACAUCGGCAACUCAUUGCAGCUCUUCAAUCUCCUGCACGAUGAUUAUCGUACAAUCGUCUGCCCAUAUAUACGGGUCCCACGACAAGAACAGACAGCAAAAUGUAUUGAAGUCGUGGUUGACGCACUGUCAAGCGUGUUCGCAGAGUGUGCUGCCUUUGGGAACUUGCAGAUCAUGGACUUCGCCUACAUCGACCCUCUGCAGAUUAAACACCCGACAACUGACACAGAAGUUGUUGACUUAGAAGUUGCAGUACUGCUCUCUCUGGGGAAUGAUGCAAGUCUGUACCAACAACAACUGCUGUGCAUCAAUAACGGAGAUCAAGACGUGUACUACGUACCAACAACAUCGCUCACGUCGGAUGAAGUGAGCUCCAGGUCCGGCGCCAUCUUCUCAGAUCUUGGAUUCGGCUGCUCCUGGGACAUCUUCCAGACCGUCUUCGAGAGACAGGACCGGUGCCAAAAGUGGUGUGUUCAGCGCGCAUGGAAAACUCGCCUGGUCGACAUAUCACGAUUAACAUUCGAUGCGCUACAAUUCAUCUUCUCCGUACGAUCCCGCACUAUCAGCAAGGAUCGAGCAUCGCUGUGCGCACUCGUGACAUACAAGCCAGCAGCACCAACAGAAGGCAUCUUUUUCUUCCAGUUCACUGUUGCUGAGUGGCUUACACCAGAGAGACGCUCGGCGGCAAUGUUGCGACAUAAUGGAGAGGUGUAUGUCGUUCUUGGACCUUUCUCCAAGCUAUACAGGAAUCUUUUGCGAGGACACGAGGUAGCUGCAAAGACUGGUUUCACACCUCAGUGGGAUUUUAUGCUGGAUCGUGAGUCGGCUGGUCGACUUCGAGUUUCCUGGAUUGAGGCGAAUGAGGACAUCGAGAUGAGCCCUGGAGCACAGUUGGAAGCAUCGAGCACCACUACAUCCUAG